GGAGAGCUCCGCCUCCUCUUCUCCGCUCAACGGCCGCCUCAGAACGGAGCCCGCCUCCUCCGCCGGGAUGGCCUUCUCCGCCGCCUGGCGCGCCCUCAGCACGGGCCUGGUCCCGCCCGCCGCCCUGGGCCUGGCGCUGGCUCCGGAGCCGGCAGACGUCCCAUUGGAGGAGGACCUUCACGCGGCGGUGGAGGUGCUGAGGGCCCACGGCCUUCACUCGGCGCUGGAGGAGUGGUUCCUGGAGGUGCUGCAGAUGGACCUGCAGACGCGCAUCUCCCCCGAGUUCUGGAGCGGGGUGUCCCAGUGCGAGAACACGGCCGAGGAGGCGCAGUCCUCGCUCCUGAUGCUGGACGCCUUCUCCCUCCUCUGGCGCCGGCUGGAGCCCUACCUGCGCAGCCUGGCCCUGAUGGAGGGCUGGACUCAGGAGGGCCUGCUCCUCGGGACGGGAGCCCAGCCGCUCAGGGCCAAGGUGCACAGCCUGCUGCGGGCCGUCCUCUUCUUCAGCACCCCCCACGGCUUUGGGGAGAUGGUCCGGCAGUUCUACGGCCGCAGCUUCAAGAUCUACAUGUGGCGGAAGAGGAGCCGCGAGUCCAGGACAUCUGAGGGGGAGAGCGGCAUGAGCGAGGACCACCAGGCGGAGAGCGAGGAGGAGGAGGAGGGCUUGGGGGUGCCCCCCAGGACGGGGAGCCAGUGCGCUGGGUGCGGGUGCCAGAGGGAGCGCUGCUGGUGCCUUACGGCCGUGGAGCACUUCCAGCAACUCAACAGUAUUCUCCAGAGGCUUAAUCUACUGGAGCUGGUCAGUGCGGAUGCCGUUACCAGCAUCCUGCACCAGAUGAUUGAGGAGCGGAUGGAGCGGAGGUGCCAGGGGGAGUACGAGCGCUCCUUCCUCAGCGAGUUCCAUGAGUGGAUCGAGAAGGUGAUUGGCUGGCUCAGCCAGGUCUUCCUCCAGAGUGACAGCGGCACCUCUCCCAGCCCUGAAGCCAACCGCACCUUCAAGCGCUGGCGCUGCCACGUCCAGAUGUUCUUUUACCGCCAGUAUGCCAGCAUGCGCAUUGAGGAGCUCUUCAGCAUCAUCCGAGAUUUCCCAGAGUCAAAACCGGCCGUGGAAGACCUGAAGUACUGCCUGGAGAGGACCAGCCAGCGGCAGCAGCUCCUCAGCUCCCUGAAAAGUGCCCUGGAAACGCGGCUCCUCCAUCCCGGGGUGAGCACGUCUGACAUCAUCACCCUCUACAUCUCCGCCAUCAAAGCCCUGCGGGAACUGGACCCUUCCAUGGUGAUCCUGGAGGUGGCCUGCGAACCCAUCAGGAAGUACUUGCGAACCAGGGAAGAUACAGUGCGACAGAUCGUGGCCGGCCUCACAGGUGAGGCCGAAGGGUCCAGCGACUUGGCCAGCGAACUCUCCAAGGCUGAUCCGGUGACCCUGGAGAACGGCCAGGAGAGCGAAGACGACGCCUCCGAUCCAGAGGACUGGGUGCCAGACCCUGUCGAUGCCGACCCAGGCAAGUUGAGUUCCAAGCGCCGCUCUUCAGACAUCAUCAGCCUCCUGGUCAGCAUCUAUGGCAGCAAAGAUCUCAUCAAUGAGUACCGCAAUCUGUUGGCUGACCGGCUGUUGCACCAGUUCUCUUACAGCACAGAAAGAGAAAUCCGAAACGUAGAACUGAUGAAGCUGCGUUUUGGGGAGGCCCAGAUGCAUUAUUGCGAGGUCAUGUUAAAAGACAUGGCCGACUCCCGACGCAUCAACGCCAACAUCCGGGACGAGGAGCAGAAGCUCCCCGAGGAGGAGAGGCCCCUCUUCGACCUCACGGCCACUAUUUUGUCCAGCGAGUUCUGGCCGCCGCUGAAGGAGGAGAAGCUGGAGCUGCCCGAGGAGAUCAAGGAGGCCAUGGAGGCCUACUCCAAGAAGUACGAGAAGCUCAAGGCUAUGCGGACCUUAAACUGGAAGCCCCAUUUGGGGCUGGUGAACCUAGAGGUGGAGCUGGCAGACCGGACCCUGGCCCUCUCCGUCUCCUCCGUCCAUGCCGCCAUCAUCCUCCACUUCCAAAGCAAGGAGGUCUGGACCCUGGAGGAGCUGAGCGAGGUGCUGAAGGUGCCAGAAACCCCCCUGCGGCGCAAGAUGACCCUGUGGGUGCAGCAGGGGGUGCUGCGGGAGGAGCCCCCCGGCACCUUCACGGUCAUCGAGGAGCAGCAGAAGGACCGGGCCGAGAAGGUGGUCCUGAUUGACAGCGACGAGGAGGGGGACUCCGCCACCGCCUCCCAGGCCGACCAGAAGGAAGAGGAGCUGCAGGUAUUCUGGGCCUACAUCCAGGCCAUGCUGACCAACCUAGAGAGCCUCUCGCUGGAGCGCAUCCACAGCAUGCUCAAGCUCUUUGUGAUGACGGGACCCAUGGUGACCGAGCCCGACCUCCAGGAGCUGCAGGGCUUCCUCCAGAAGAAGGUCCGGGACCAGCAGCUCACCUACACGGGGGGCGUCUAUCGCCUGCCCAAGAGCGGCACCUGAGUAAGAACCCCCUUUGGAGACCCUCUUGGUGGGAGAGGAAGGGUCAGUGGCGUGCCCACGGUGUAUUCCUGCAGCCCAGUGGGCUUAGCAGCUCUGGGGACCCCUCAGGUAUGGGAGGCAACUGAGCAGGGGGAAGGACUGGGGUGUCAACAUUUGGGACUUAUUGCACAAAGCAUUUGCUUCUUUUCUUGUCUUUGUUUACAAUACAAUGCCUUGCAUUUUGUCACCUGAA